AUGGGAGCGUUUAUAGGGACUGGGCGUCCAGCCGUCGUGUACGGUAGCCUUACUUUCGUGCGAUGCCAGAUCAUCAUGCACGCAAGGUUGGUCCUGGCACGUGCUGUCACAAUCGCUGUGCGAUAUUGCCCCAUACGACGACAAUUGAAAGACUGUGACAGUCAAUCUUCUUCGGGCCAGGAGUGA